AGGCUGUCCCAAUUCUUAGAUACCUUAAAAUGCUGUCUACUAAGAUACCUUAUUCUGACCCUGUAAUAAGAGAGCAUUAGACCCUUCCUCAGCCGGUAAGGCAAUCCCAUGAUGCAGCGCGGGGCAGCACCGCAUAGCUCAACUUCUUCCAUAAUGGCGGACGGAAGUGGAUCGGCCUGCGGCGAAGUCAUUUUCAAAUGGACCAGAUCAGCAAUAGAAGCCUUUAUAAAGGCUCGCAUAGAGAAGGAGAGGCUCUUCACUGGGGAGAAAAACUCCGCUCUCUCAGCUUGGAAGACUAUUCUUCUGGAAUUGGGGCUUGCGGACAAAGUUACGCCCCAACAAGCCAGAAAAAAAUGGGACAAUCUCAAAAAAAAGUACAAAGCUGAACAACAUCUCCCGCUCCCAUGCAGAUGUUGUGCAGAGUGACACAGGCAGCAAUCACCUCUGGCACAAACCUUGGAUUUACCUCUUGGGCAUGCAGGAAAAUUGACCUCCAUCUGGUCUUCAGCAUCCCAAAAGCACGUUCAAUUAUAGAACGUGCCCUUGCAUGAUGCCUAUUGAAGGCCACCCUCUCUUCUCCUCUGACAGGCUUCUUGAAUGGAGUGAUGAGGGCUAUGGGCUGAGAGAUGCAUGGGUACCCACCAUCACCAAGUAUCAUGUAGCCCCUGGGUGGGAAAGUGGCCUGCCGAUACAGAGUGCUGUGACGGAGCACCCGUGCAUCAUGUACUGAGCCAGGAAAGCCAAUAAAAACAUCCAGAAACUUUGCCUGGUGGUCACAGACAGCCUGAAAUUGCACAGAGGGGUAGAGCUUCCGGUUUCUGUAGCACUGUGCAUCAGGUUCUCCAGGGGCUUUGAUACGCACAUGGCACCCAUCUAUGGCACCCACUACAGAGUGAAAAGCUGUAUGGUUUCCCAGCCUCACGAAGCCAUCAGAGAUGCUCUGCAGUUC